AUGAUUGUAAUUUUGUUAGGCCUAUAUUCUCUCAUACCAUUCAUACAUUGCGGUGAUAAAGUAAAAAAUGGUAUGACAGAAGUGAUGGGGAUUGAAACCGGUAACGAUAUAAAAAUCGAUAAGAAUACAAUAAUUACUCAAAAUAUGAAGUUAACAACACGCAAUUAUAAAAAGGAAAAACAAGAACAAGAACCGGAUUGGUCUUACAGUUCAAUUCCUAUAGAUGUCUCAGAGCAUGCACAAGAAUUUAAGCGGAAUAUGACCGAAUGUCUCAAGGAGGUUCAAGCUGCUAAACCUCAAAUCAGGAGAUUAUCGCCCAAAAUGGAAUCUCCAGUACACGGAGAAUGCCUUAUAGCGUGUGUUUUAAAAAGGAACGGUGUUAUAGAACGUGGUAAAAUACAUAAAGAGAACCUUAUUCUUCUAAUAAAAAAAUUCUACCCAAAGGAAGACAAAUUAAUAAAGAAGCUAGAACGCAAUAUAAAUAAGUGUAUUAAUAUGAGUGUCAAGAAUAAAGAUGAAUGUGCACUAGCUGAGCAGUUAAAUCAGUGCACACACAAUAUAAUGAUGAAUAAUAAUAAGCAUAAAAUUGUGGAAAAUAAAAAGAACUAA